GGCCUGGGAGCCCUGCGGGAGCAGAGGAGCCGGGCGUUUUGGGGCCUUCAUCUUCCACGGGCGCUUUGACUACUUCUACCUGGCUGUCUGAGGACAGAGUGAGAAGGAGCCAUGGAUCCUGCAGCACUGGUGGAAGCCAUGGUGGAAGAAGUUGCCUGUCCUAUCUGCAUGACCUUCCUGAGGGAGCCUGUGAGCAUCGACUGUGGCCACAGCUUCUGCCAUGGCUGUCUCUCUGGACUGUGGGAGGUCCCAGGAGAAUCCCAGAACUGGGGUUACACCUGUCCCCUCUGCCGGGCUCCAGUCCAGCCAAGGAACCUGCGACCCAAUUGGCAGCUGGCCAAUGUUGUAGAAAAAGUUCGUCUGCUGGGGCUGCAUCCAGGAAUGGGACUGAAGGGUGAUGUCUGUGAGCUCCAUAAGGAGCAGCUAAAGAUGUUCUGCAAAGAGGAUGGACUGAUCGUUUGUGAGGCCUGCAGCCAGUCUCCUGAGCAUGAGGCCCACAGUGUCGUACCCAUGGAGGAUGUCACCUGGGAAUAUAAGUGGAAACUCCACGAGGCUCUGGAGCAUCUGAGGAAAGAGCAAGAUGAGGCCUGGAAGCUGGAAGUUGGUGAGAGGAAACGAACUGCCACCUGGAAGAUACAGGUGGAAACCCGAAAGCAGAGUAUCAUGUGGGAGUUUGAGAAAUACCGGCGAUUACUAAAAAAAACACAGCCUCCAGGUCGGCGGCUGGAGGUGGAAGCAGCCGCAGCUCUGGCCAGUCUAGAGCAGGAAGAGGCAGAGACUGUGCAAAAACUGGAGCAGAAUCAUAAUGAGCUUGUCCAGCAGAGCCAGGUGCUGUGGAGGAUGAUUGCAGAACUGGAAGAGAGGUCUCAGAGGCCUGUCCGCUGGAUGCUGCAGGGUAUUCAGGAAGUCUUAAACAGGAGCAAGUCUUGGAGUCUGCAGAGGCCAGAACCAGUCUCCCUGGAGCUAAAGACAGAUUGUCGUGUGCUGGGGCUAAGAGAGAUUUUGAAGACAUAUGCAGCUGAUGUGCGCCUGGAUCCAGAUACCGCUUAUUCUCGCCUCAUUGUGUCUGAGGACAGAAAAUGCGUGCACUAUGGAGACACCAAGCAGAAACUGCCUGACAAUCCUGAGAGAUUUUACCGCUACAAUAUCGUCCUGGGAAGCCAGUGCAUCUCCUCAGGCCGGCACUACUGGGAGGUGGAAGUGGGAGACAGGUCGGAAUGGGGCUUGGGAGUGUGUAAGGAAAAUGUAGACCGGAAGGAGGUGGUCUAUUUAUCCCCCCACUAUGGAUUCUGGGUGAUCAGGCUGCGGAAGGGAAAUGAGUACCGAGCAGGCACCGAUGAAUACCCACUCCUGUCCUUGCCUGUCCCUCCCCGCCGGGUGGGGGUCUUCCUGGAUUAUGAGGCCCAUGAUAUCUCUUUCUACAAUGUGACUGACAAUGGCUCCCAUAUUUUCACUUUCCCCCACUAUCCCUUCCCCGGGCGUCUCCUGCCCUACUUUAGUCCUUGCUACAGCAUUGGAGCGAACAACACGGCUCCUCUGGCCAUCUGCUCCCUGGACGGGGAGGACUAAGAGGGCCACCAUCCUAGCCAGAGGCCUUGGAGUGUCACCUGGCCCACACAGGUUUUGGAGGGUCCACCACCAACAAGGAUCCCCUUGAACUAUGCUGAGUCUAAGAUCCAGGGAGCCCUCCACCUGACCCAGUAGUCUGUUGCUACUGGGCCAAGGUCUCUCACUAACCUACUCCUAUGAAAAAGCUGAGGUGCAGUCAAAUGAGCAUGGCACCCCAGUGAGGGAAGCAUAACAGGGCUAAGAGCAAGGAUCUGAGCAGUUGUAAGGUAACCGUGUUGCUGUGAGAGUCAGGACUCUGUCCUUUCUGUAGCUCAUGCUCCUCUUCCCCAGUCCCUGUGGGUGCCAUAGUUAAGUCAGCAAGAAUGAUGAAGUAGAUCCAACCUAGAGGAAACCCUUUGCAUAGGGAUUGCUAAAAAGCCAAAAGAUACUUGUUCAUGUCCAGAGCUGGUUGCUGUGCUGAUACUAGUUGAGGAUGCUUUGCCUGAGGUUUGCUGCUACUGAGCAACCCAUAUUUGACCCCAACUCUCUGACCCCCUAACUAGAGAAGUGCCUUGCAGCAUUGCACAGGCCACCCCAAUAUGCAUAACCCCUCUCUGAGCAUAAGCCGGGAAAGUCACUCUAUCUCAGACCUAAGGAGAUCUGUGUCCUGGUCCUGCCUUUUCUCCCAAGUGUCAGGAUCAGAAAACCUGUGAGCCUUGUUCUUGUGUUCAUUUUAUGGAUGAAAAAAACUGAAGUGGCCUUAAAUGCAGUAAAUUACUUCUCACAAAACGGUUGAAAAAAGAUUAUAAAGCUUAUAAAGUAUUUCCCACAUUCAAAUGAAACAAGAUGGACAGACUUGCUUCUCGGGUCACCUGUCUGCGUAUCAUUCAUUAUAGUUGGGUCUGAAACAUCCCAG